AUGGGUCGGAAGAAGGUGAAACUUGCAUUCAUAGCCAACAAUACCAAAAGGAUCACAACAUUCAGGAAAAGAAAGAAGUCACUGAUGAAGAAGGCGGAGGAACUCAACACCCUUUGUGGCAUUGAAGCGUUCAGAAGCAGGCCUGAAUUGGAUCAGGGUAGGAAGAAAGUGAACCAAGAGAGUUUCGUUUCCCAAAGUAUCGUGAAGGGUCAAGACAAGUUGCAGAAAGUUGUGAAGGAGAACAAGGAGAUUGAAAUGUCCUCGUUCAUGAGUCAGUGUCUUAAUAUAGGGAAUGUUCAACCUUGUAAGAACAUGACCACAGCUGAUUUGAAUGUUCUUUCAUCUAUGAUUGAACAGGAUCUGAUGGACGUUGAUAAAAGAAUGGAAAUGCUGAAUUGCAACCAGCUGGAGACACCAUCUCAACUCCAGAUGCAAACAACACCAACAUACAAACCUGAUAUGCAAACCCUAGCAAACCAACCUGGUGAUCAGAUGCAAACCCUAGAAAACCAACCUGAUAUGCAAACCCUAACAAACCAACUUGGUGAUCAGAUGCAAAACCUAGCAAACUAA